AUGAACUUUGCAGCAUGCGGCUCUGUUCUUUGGCUUGGCUGCAAUGAGACCAUGGUGUUGAAUGCGAAGGAUGCAUGGAGGGAUGUAGCCAUCAACCUGCAAUGCAUGCACUUGGACAAACUUUCGAAAAGUGACCUGGAGCUGUGGCUACAGUGCGGUGGUGACCUUCGGCUUCAGCCGUUUGGGACACCGCUCCUGAGCCACCUGAAUGAUGAGGAGGCUAAGGACUUCUUGAAGGAGCGUGCGGCCUCGAGGAUGUGGGAGAAGAUCGCGGGGGACUGGCGCACUUGGGCAGCUCUGGGUGCUGCGCUCGUUGCCUCCUUUGCAGCCCUUGGCCUGGAGCACUUUGCCAAAUAUUCCAGGCUCAGAAGGCCCCAGGCAGAGCGCAGAGAGCGCACUGAGCGCACUGAGCGCACUCCCUUCGAGCUAGGUGCCCACACGCUGGUGUGCAGGGCUUUCGGGCGCCCGAAUGUGGUGCUUCGCAGAAUCUGGCGUCUCUGUGACAUCUCCGCCUUCAUGAUCUUGGUGGGCUUCCGUCCGAUUGUUAUGUACUGGGCGUCAUGGUUGCCACUCGUGGCCAUUCUUUACAUCGUCCCCGGCAUCGCCGCCUUUGGCCCGAAGGCCGUUCUCAGCAACCCGCUCCUGAUCCUCACCACAGGCAAUCUGGCCAGCUGCGUGUUCGGCCUCCUCCGGGUGGUUCUCCUACAGAUUCUCUUCGUUCUUGUGCGUGAUUCUCAGCUUAGUCUCUGGUUCGAUGUUGAUGGUUAUCAGGAGAUGCAGCCAGUGGAUGCCUCCUAUUGGCUAUCCUGGUUAGUGGACCCGGAUUUUCACACAUGGCUUGUACAAAAGCCGUGGGGGAUAUGGCCCGAAAGCGACUUGCAGGACACCUUUACCUGGGCACCAUCUGCGACGGCCGAUGAGAUUUUCCAGACAGUACGAAAUGCCACUGAGUAUUUUUCGCUUGUGUACGCGUCGUGCUUGCUUUUGGCAAUUCUGCGCAGCUUUGGGAGGCGUUCUUCUGCAAGUCGGUGCUGUGGAGACUUGGGUGAAAGCGUCGAUCAGUUCCAUGAGAUUCGGCUUGCAGUUCGUGACAUCCUUCAGAAGGAAGCGGAGGAGUUUUCCCAAGUGAGCAAGAAGAUCAAGCCGGUGGUGGCUUGCGGCUUUCCCUGCCAGGAUGCUGGCAUUUAUCCCAGAGUUGGACUCAUGUUGCUGGACAUCACCCUUGACAUCAACACGAUCAUUGGAUUCCUCUCUGAACGGCGAUUCGAGUUUGCUGGCAUCAUGGCCUUUGUGGUGACACGAAGUCUGCUGAAGCAGAUGUACAUUCUCAGGCCAUGGCAUCUCCGACAGGCCUUACACUCCGAGCCAGUCAUUGGCAGCCAUGUGCAAUCUCCCCCUCCACCACCACCCCCCAGAAACGCAGACACUUGCUAUGCAGACGGGCCCGUUACGACUGACGAUCAUGUAGUGGUUCAUGAGGUGAGAAACUCCGAAAGUCACGGCCCAGCCCAUGCGAUCAAUGCCAGCAUCCAAAGAGGAAUUAUGCGGCAAGACCUCCUUGACUUUCUCAUGGAAGAAAGAAGCUCCGAAGCUAUUGCUGCUGCCUGGCUUACCGCUUGGUCGAUCUUCCUAUCAGUCACCACGGCCUUUCAGAUGUUGGUCCAGACAUUCAGCUUCUUGCUCAGCCUGGUUUCCGUUGCAGGCUAUCUGGUCCAGGUGUGCGACUGGGGGACCCCUUUCAUUCCAGUCCAUGUCGAAGACGCUCCCAAAGAGGCAGCUGCUCCGCCACCCGAUGAGGACAAGGACAUGGUUGAGCUCUACUUCUGA